AGUCUUGCAGUACUUUAUGGUAACCGUGCCGAGUGUCAUCACAAGCUUAAUAACAUAACAAACUUCCUUGAAGAUGCUAAGAAGAAUGUGGAUUACGACGGAACUUGGUACAAGGUAUAGCAGCAGAAAACAGACAUCUGCUUUCUUUUAGCUUAUGUUACCAGGCAUCACCAAAAAACAGCUUAUAGCAAUAACAUUUUUUCUUUUAGGGUCACCACAGAGUUGGUAGAGCAUUCAGGGAGAGGGGAAAACUGCCAAAUGCGGUUAAAGCUUUUGUCAAUGCUUAUAAUACAUUGAAGCCAGCAGAUGGGGAGCAAAUGAAAAGAGUUAUUUUAGCUGACCUGGUUGAGACUGCCAUUCAACAGAGUAAGUAUUUUUGGCUAAAAAAAAAGACUUUUCCUUUGCCCUUAUUUGAAUCCAACAGUGAGGUUGGAAUUUUUUUAUUUAAAAUGAAUUACAUGACUUUAUAAGAUUCUGGGCAAAUCUUCUUUGCUAAAUUUGAAAAUAGUUUUUGUGAAUGUAAACUCUAUAUAUACAUUUUACCUUAUAGAAGUUUGAAAUUUUUCAUUAAAAAAAAAACACACAAGGACAUUGACCAAAGUUUCCCAAGAAAAUUGUUUAUAAAUGCAAGGGUUCAUUAUGGCGCAUACUUGAAUUUAGUUUUGCAUCAUUCUACACUUCAUCAGAGUAAUAGAAGAAAUGUUAAUGGAAAAAUUGGUGCCCUUGACAGGGUUGUGUUUGUACAAAUAAUAGUAAUUAAAUAUUAAUGUUUUAUAGUUUUUGUGUAAGGUUUGAAAUUACUUGUUUGAACUGAAUCUUUUUAAAUCAAAACAAAAUAGGGGCCUGUAUGCCGUACUGGCGACAAGCUUCACAAAAAAAAAAAAAAAAAAAAGGCAUAUUUAAGGAAGAAACAUGUUCAUAUUUGAAACAUCUGGCGGGCCUCAACACUUAACGUGACUGGCCACAGGUGGGCCACCCCUGAUUUAAAACAAAAGUACGUAGCACAUAAUGAAGAUAAGAAAAUUACUUUAAAAUACGUUUUUCAUUUAAAUUUUGGGGGGAUCCUAUAACUUUUUCAGAAGCUGGAUCACAUACCUUUUUGAAAGAACUUGAUUUUGUAUCCACUGCAACAUGGUUUUAUCUGGCAUACGACUUUAUUAAAAAAAAAGAAUGGCAUUUGGCUGAGUUUGUAGUCAAGAGAGCAUUAGAUACAGGAGUUGACAGUGAG